GAGCGAGGCACGGGUGCAUUGGUCAUAGCGAGUAUGCUGGACUUUUUGACGUAUGCAGUGUGCGCGCCUUAUAGUGAGACGACCUCGGGCGAUAUUUUCGACACUAUUCUGGAGCAGGUCGCUGCGAGGGGCCGAAGCUUUUAUCAGCUGUUCCAGUCACCUUCGAUGACAAUCGUGAAAGGUUCGUGGGUUUGGAUGAUCUUUUGGGAAUGUUUGAUAAAAUUUUUUGCUUAG